CCAAGGGGAGGUCAGCCCGCCGCGCCCGGGGUGCAGCGGGAGGGAAGUGGGCGCGGAGAGCCGCCAGCCCGGGGGCGUGCGGGGGUGCGCGCGCGCGCGCGUAGAGCGACGUUGCUGGGUAGCGCGCGGCGGCGGCGGCGGGAGGAAUUGCUCCUAUUGCAGGUGUAGCCCCGCCGAGAUCACACUCCUCCCGCCCCCUCUCAGCGCUGCAGCCGCAGGAAGGGGGAGGAACCGGCCUGUGCGCGCUACUACGUCACCCCCCCCCCAGCGGGAAAUUCCCCUCCGCGGGGAGGAGCGGCCAAGGGAGGGCCGGGAACAGCUGAGCCGGAGCAGCCGGAGGGUGCGGAGCUGCUGCCGCCGCCGCCGCCGCCGCGAAUCCCGGGCUGAGCGCGCGUGCGGAGCGGGCACCAUGGCGGGUGGGUCUGAACCCAGCAUAGAAAUAUUCGAGCAACCCAGGCAAAGAGGUAUGCGUUUCAGGUACAAAUGUGAGGGAAGAUCAGCGGGCAGCAUUCCAGGAGAACGCAGUACCGACAGCAAUAAGACAUAUCCCUCUGUAGAGGUUCUGAACUUUGAUGAUAAAGUGAAAGUAAGGAUUACAUUAGUGACAAAGAAUGAGCCCUACAAGCCGCAUCCUCAUGACCUGGUUGGAAAAGACUGUAGGGAUGGCUACUACGAAGCAGAAUUUGGACGAGAUCGCAGAGUCCUAUCUUUUCAGAAUUUGGGCAUUCAGUGUGUUAAAAAGAGAGACCUGAAAGAAUCAAUCUGUUCACGAAUCGCAAGAAAGAUCAAUCCAUUCAGUGUGCCCGAAGAACAACUGCUCAAUGUUGAUGAGUAUGACCUCAAUGUCGUGAGACUCUGCUUUCAGGUGUUCCUCCCUGAUGAACACGGCAAUUACACGUUACCACUUCCUCCUGUCAUCUCCAACCCUAUUUAUGAUAACCGAGCUCCCAACACAGCAGAAUUGAGAAUCUGUCGUGUGAACAAGAACUGUGGAAGUGUAAAAGGAGGAGAUGAAAUAUUUCUACUUUGUGACAAAGUUCAAAAAGAUGAUAUAGAAGUCAGAUUUGUCUGGAAUGAGUGGGAAGCUAAAGGUAGUUUCUCACAAGCUGAUGUACACCGUCAAGUCGCUAUUGUAUUCAAAACCCCACCAUUUUACAAAGAAAUCACUGAACCAGUUACAGUAAAGAUGCAGCUGCGAAGGCCUUCUGAUCAGGAAGUCAGUGAGUCAAUGGAUUUCAGAUAUCUACCAGAUGAAAAAGAUCCUUAUGGUAAUAAAGCAAAAAGGCAAAGGCAAAUAUCAACAUUGGCUUUGCAAAAGCUCAUCCAGGAAUAUGGUCCCAACGUGUCUGAGAGGCGCAAAGCAGCUCCAUUCCGGUCUAUCCCUGGCGAAGGGCGGAUAAUUAAGAAAGAACCAAAUAUGUUUUCUCAAACUGCAAUUAUGCCACUGCAGAGAACUCCUGUAAGCACCGGUCAAAUUCCGUCUUAUUAUUCCCCACCCACAUGCAAUUCAAAUCCAAUCCCACAUCACCAUACAAAUGUGCAGGCCGUGGGACCGGUUAAGCAUGAUGAAGCUCUUUCUUCAUGUUGGCAUUCCCAGUGCUCCUCUUCAUCGGGCAACACAAUUAAUACACAGCCACAGAACAGUUUUGUGAUGGAUGCACUUAACCCUAACGCACAAAACAGCAGUUCUCUCUCAGCUCUUCCUGAAAAUGUUCUGAACUGGACUGAUCAGAAGGAUCUAAACUACUAUCAAGAUUUCACCAGCACAAAUGGUUUAGGAGCAUCAGCAAUGUCACAGCAAGACAUGCAGAAUGUGUCUGAUAGCAGCAUCAUGCAUCAGGCUCACACCAUAAAUGUCACAGCACCCAGCAUUGUUAACAUGGAGACUGAUGAAAUGGGAUGCAUGAGCAUGAACGUAGAAAAGGGAUCAUUUAAUCAAGUUUUAAAUCCAAGUGAUCACAGGAGGCAAAUCCAUCAGGUGCCUUCUACCAGUACAUCUCUAGCAGCUUCUUGUAGCUCAUCUUUUAGUUCACAGUCCAACUCAUUUAAUUCAGCUGCGUACAAUUUCCUAGACCCUCAAGUUGUGAACGAAUCAAGGCCACCCAGCACUCUUAUUCCAAAUAAUCAAAAUAGUGCUUCCAAUAGCCAGUACUACACGGGUGGGACCCAAGGUGAAGAAGAGCUUUUGAACUCCUUUGGAGCCACUUUAGAGGCUCUAUUGCAGAGCUUCAACCACUGAGUCUCUGUUUUGCUGUCAGUCUGAAAACCAGUAUCCAAAGUUUCUAUCGUGGCCAGAGACAGACAAUUGAUAUGCAAUUGAAUAUUCAUAUUCAUAGUUACUGCUGUGGGAGCCUGACUUUUCCUCUUGGAAUGUUUAUCAGGGCAACUUAUUAUGCACAUUCCAGACUAUAAUUAGGGUGGCUGAUCAAGGAUUGAUACAACAGUAAAGGCGACAUUAGGGAAUAGAGUUUGGGAAUUUGUACGUCAAAAGAAUCCCAUAUAAUUUUUUUAAAGUGUUGGAAAGGGGUAGUGAAGGGGGCUGCUAGGUGCUAAAGACCUCCUGCGCUCAGCAGAAGCUCACCCCUGGAAACGUAUCUUCAGAGGGGCCAAGUUUAUAUAAUUUAAGGGAAAGAACUAGCUGGAAACAAACAGGUGUUGCUCCAUACAAAAUUAAUAUAAACUUGCUAAAUAACAAACCCAGGAAUUGUCCUGCUGGUGCACAGCAGUGGCCCAUUUAGUCCCCUUAAUAUUUUCUUCUUACGUGACAGCGCUAUCUCAACAUUUUUUAUAUAUACAUUUUUAUUGCUAAACUUAGCUUAUGCACUGAUCUUUUUUACAUUUAUAUGUUCACUCUGUUUGCUUGUAAAGCAAAUUUAUUCUUAAAAAUGGUAAUGACUAUGUCAUUGUUAGGUCUAUUUAAAAAAUAUUAGAAUGUUCCCUGGAAUUCUUAAAUAGUGCAGCUAUGGUGUGACAUGAAUUGUUGAACAAAGAAGCAAAACUGUUUUGCACUGUUCUCUAGGUAUUGUUUUGUUUUUGUUUUUACUCUAAUGUACUGGAUGCUUUAUGAAUGGUAGCAGGGGAUUGGUUCUGUAAGGAAUACACUUCUGGGGGUUUCAGUUUGUUUUGAAUUUCAUAAAAUAUAUUGGGUCAAAUCCUCUUACAUGCACCUCCUUUCUGGUGACUUUGGGCUAGUUGAGAAGCUGGCUACCGAAACACAAGCAGUUGAGUCCCCUUGCUGAGGAGAGUCCUGGGUGCCAUAAAGCUAGCAUUGCAACCUCUGCACCCCCUACUUCUAGCUCCUGGCAUCACAGGGGGAAAGGGAAGGUGUGGCCAAAACAUGCUGUGCUCUGGGCACCCAGAAUCAUUCCACGCUGCUAAUUAGGAUCCCCAUGUGCACCCUGAAUGAGGGGCUGUGCCCUAUUCUCUUAGCCCCAUAGGUUGUCAAGCCUAACUCGGGCAGCUGUGAGGAUCUAGCCCAUAAAUGAUAUUUCUUUGUGGGGUUUUGGGGUUAUCUUGUUUUGGUUUUUAUAGCAUCAAGUUCUCUAAUCAGACUCAUUCACUUUUUUUAAAGCUAUUUAAACUGUCUCUUCCGCUGCCAAAGGCAUCACUAAACUUUUAAAACUCAUAUAAGUCUAUUUACUGACUGGAGAACAGAUCUUACUGACUCCCAGAUGCAAUAAUAAAUAAAUCCGAUUCAGAGCAAUAAUUUGAAGGGCAUAGGUCAGGGGUUUUCAACCUGUGGUCUGCAGACCUGCAAACUAGGUCAAAGGGCUGGCCUUCAAUAUGGGGAGAUCAACACUGCUGCAAUUGAUGCAGAGGGUCGAUUUAGCAGGUGUAGUAAAGACUUGCUAAAUCGACGACGGAGUGCUCUCCAGUCAACCCUAGCACUCCACCUCUUGGAACAGAGUAAGGGCAGUCGACUGGAGAGCGUCUAUGGUCAGCUCAGUGAAGACACUGGGGUAUGUUGACUCCAGCUUUGUUAUUCACAUAGCUGGAGCAGCGUAACUUGGGUUGACUUACCCCGGUAGUGAAGACAAGCCUUAAGAUUUCCAAAGGGGGACCGCACCUCUAUUGGAAAUUUUUUAGGGGUCCCACAAAUGGAAAAAAGGUUGAAAGCCACUGGUGUAGGUGCUUAUGCACCUUCAGUCGUAAUGCUCAAUACAGGGCAGGUGUGUGAAUUUCUGCAGAUAUUUUUAGAUUGUGUUAUCAGGGCUGUCCCUAGGCAUACACGGCUAUGUGGGCUGGCUGUGGCUGGAAUCCUCUGUUCUCCAGCCCCUUGCCUGUGCUGGGCCAGCGGGCUUCUCCCCACCCCCUCCCUUCCUCCUCAGCUGGCCAGCUGAGGAUCCAGCCUCCAGCUCUACUGGCGCACUGCUGCCCAGAGUGGAGUCCUUCCCUGGACCCUGCCUACCUGCACAGCCUGGUCUCCGGGGGGACUGGGUUGGGGCCAGGAUGGGAGGAAUGAAACUUCCACAUGGGGGGGCUGGGACUUAAAGUGACAGUGUGCUCAUUGUCUCUCACACUUCCCUAACACACCCGCAGUCUGACUGUCACACCCCCAUACACUCUGCCUCUCACGAGUCACUCUCAAUACAGAUUUUCUCUUACACACGCAGUCACAUGCACAUACACAUGUAUUGUUAUUACUGCUUGGUACUUCCGUCAAAAAGCUCAUGGUGAGUGGCUGCGGGAGGGCCAUGGGCUCUGGCAAGAUGCAGCCCCCAUGUGACAGCGCGAAACCUGCCUUGAGCCAUUGCCACAGCGUCCAAAGCAUGGUGUGUGUCAGCAAUGGGGGGGAGGUUCUGGGGGGGUCUGUGGGCAGGAGUGGUGGCUGUGCCACCUCAACACACUGGGUCAGCGGUGCUGGCUGAGGGCCGCCUUCAGUAGAGCAUAGGGGCUCUAGUCUAAUAAUACUGUGUUGGGCCCCGUAAACCCUAAGGACGGCCCUGUGUAUUAUAUAUGCAGCUGGAGCUUGGACAGGUGCUUCCUAUAAAUCUAAUGUGAGAGGAGCUGCAAUGUGCUAGUUGUCAGCAUUUUUGCAAUACUUUUAAAAUAGAGGGACCAAGCAGCAUUUUUUCAUGUGAUUUGUAGGUAUAAUAACCAAACAGAGCAUGACUGAGGAAAUAUAAAGCUUGAAAAAUGUGUUCAAUCAAUUUCUUUAAAGUUCUCAAUUAACAUUUUAGUAACUUUUUUUUAUUUCAAAAAUUCUUUGCUACAAUUUUUUAUUGUGUAUAAUUAAAUAUUUUAAUUCACCUCUCUGUUUUCCUUUUUGGCUCCAAGAUAAGUUGGUUUUGUGUUUAUACUCUGUCCCCAUAGACAAUUCAAGAACAUUAGAUUGAAAAAAAGAUCGGAUCCUAACAGUUAUUCAGCCCCUCCAAUACUCCUUGACUUAAAUGAGGCUACUCAUGUGAGGCCCCAAAAGCUUAAAUCAGCUUGAGACGUUUUUUGUUUUGUUCAUAUUUAGUAAAUUUAUUUUUAAGGCAUUUUCCAUGGCUGAGUAUCAUUGGCUAGUGGGAAGCCUAAAGUGACUUGUACACUAACAGCAUCUCUACGUAGCUUUUUGCAUUGAUUGCCUAAAUUGGUAGAAAAACAAAUUUAGUUAAAUCAGCAUGCCACCAUAGUGUAUAGGCAGUUACAAUGCAAAGAUGUUUGUUGGUAUAGCUACAAAUAUGAAUACCUUUACUAAACCUACCAGUUUAGUUAGUCAUGCAAAAUCUCUGUGUAGGCCUAAGGCCUACUUUCUAAAAAAUGACUCGUGAUAUUUUUGCAGGGGCUCAGUUGUUGGGUGUCCUUGACACCUUCAAGAAGCCUGUGUUUCAGAGGGCAGCUGCACAGCUAUUGUUUGAAAUGUAAGAUCCAGGGGACAUUUCACUUAGAGUAGUGAAUAGUAGGGAUGAUGCGCUCUAGAUUUACCACACAUUACCCACUCUAGUUAUUUUAGCAUACCUUUUUCUUCUGCUUUAUGGGAGUUGAUCCUACAAAUCCUUAUUCCCACACCAAGUCCUGUUGAGUUAAAUGAACCAUCACACAAGUGUAAGAAUGUUCAAUACUGGGCUAAAUGUCAGUUUUCUUAUUGGCUGCCCUAGUUCCUAUGACCUUUGAGGGACAACAGUGCCCCACAUUAGAUUCUGAACAGAAUAGCCGAUUCUAAAAAGCUAUAUGUUUUGUUAGGAAAGAUUAAGUUUAGGGCACAUGGGGAAAAUGAGUACUUUUAGUGAUGCCUAGAGUUCCUUCUGAGUCAAUGUUAAUAACUUUUUACACACACUAAGCUGUCUGUCUUUGGGCUGAAAUGUUGCAAUGUAUGAAACAACUUUUGUUUUCAUUCUUUGCAUAGUUCCUUUCAGUGUGUUACAUUUCUGAUCUGAUAAGUUUCUAUAAUAGACUAAAUCCUGCUCCCUUUAUUCACACAAGCCAUCACCUUAAUUCAGUGACGCUACUUGAAAGGGUAAAGUUAAGUAAGUUUUGCUCUGAUGUUGUUUUUAAAAUAAAAGUAUAUUUUAGUUCCAGUUCUGUAAUGUAAAUUACACACACACACACACAGGCUGAAGGAGAGAAGGGUUUAUUUUCUUGUUAAACCUGCAGAUUUUAACAAAGUUGCAAAACAAAUUACAUAAACUUUUCAAAAUUUUCUUUAUAUUUUGUGAUCACUUUCACUACAUAGUCAAUGAACAUGAUUGGAUGGUUACAUGUAUAGGCACCUUAGCCACCAGCUUAGUUUCAUGUGCAUUAUACUCAGAGGUGAAAGUAAGCCUGUACAGCAUACCGGUAAGAAAGUGGCUGCUGGUACACAGCCGCCUGUAUGGGCAGGGCCGCUGAUUGGGGGGGCAAAAGCAGCUGCCCUGGGGCCCAGCGAUUUAAAAGGGCCCAGGGCUCCAGCUGCUGGCACGGUAGUUGCCAGGAGCCCAGUGGCGAUUUAAAGGACCCAGGGUUCCUGGCCACCACUGGCAUGGUAGCAACAGCAGGAACCCCAGGCCCUUUAAAUCGGCGGUGUGGGCCGAGCAGUGCUGACUGGGGAAGUCUGGCCCUGGCCUCAGCCCCACCCCUUCCGGGGGCCCAGAGGCGCCCCCCCACACCUUGCCCAGGACCCCUGCUACUCUGUGUACCAGUAAGUCCGUUAAGUUACUUUCACUCCCCAUGCAGAUGUAUUGGGGAACGCCCUGUCUUGAUUCAGGAUCUUUGGGAGCUCUGCAGAUGCAUGGAAGGGAGAUUAGACCCUAUAAUUUAAAAUAGCUCUUACAAUCUCAUCAUCCAGCUAUACUCUAGCUCUAAAUGGUGUCUUCAUUGCUCCCAUAGCACAAGCUAUAUUGGAGAGAAUGGUGACCAGAGUGUUUUUCUGUACUAAGACAGCACUAGCAGUGUGCUCUCUUUUUUGUUUGUUUUUGUUUUGCCUUGUUAGCUUUGUAACAGAUAGGAGGGGCUGUUGUGUGAUAUCUGCUAUGUCUAUUCCUGCUAAUUUUUCCCUAUAGAUUUUGGAAUUUAGAAAUCAUUAUCAAUAGGUUCUUUCAAGAAAUCAAGACAAUUACACUGGGUUUCUCUUUUGCGCAUUCAAUUUCUUAUGUUUUCCAUCAUUCACAUUGUCUCCUUUCUUAGUGUUAGAUGAUCAUUUAUGUGAACAGUUACAAAGACAACUACUGCUGGAAGCGUUUGCUCAUAGUUACUUUUAUAUUAGAAACAAAAUCUGUAGCCUAAAUUAUGCUCUUGAUUCUAGAAAGAAACAGAAAUGUACUUUUAAACUCCUGCAUCUAUGUUUACAUGUUGUAGAUAGUGGAGAAGAGGAACUAAUUUAAUGAGUCUUUCCUGACGGAAAGUGGGCACAGUCCACCCAACGGUUCCUCCCCCCACCCCCACCACAUAAAAAAAUAGCAAUGUGUCUUGCAGAAUACCUGUCAUAUUUCUGAAACAUUUUAAGAAAAAGCCUCUUUAAUAAUUCCAAAUCCCCUUAAUUUCUUCCUGAAUCUGUGUUCAUCUUUUUUUUUUUGUGCUUCAUAGGAGUAGAAACAGCUCUAUGAUGCACUCACUCAAUCUUGAUUUCAUCAAAUAUAGCAAGAUGUGUUGUAAGGCAAUCCUCUUAAUUUGUGAUUUGGGUUACAACUUGUGAGGCCAUUUCACACUCGCAUAUUAAAGUGGGGGCUCAUUAAUUUACACACAAGUUUUCAUAUGCUUCUAGCUUCAGCUACAGUGGCAAAUCUGGGCCUUGUGAUUCACCACUGGUAGCCCAGACCGGACACACAUGUUUUUGCUGACAUAAAAAUGCCAGAAAACCACAUACACUACAGCUUCACCAUUUCUACUGCAGGUAGAGCCAUAGGGGUAGUGAAUUAGCUGUCUUUCUGUAGAUUAAACCUUUUCUAUACUUCAUGCUAAAAUUCUAUCAUGACUUAGAACUUUUUAUCUGUCUUGCACUUUUUGUAUAGGAAGUGGGAUGUGGUGUAAACCUGCAACUCUUUAUCCUGCCACGCAAAAUGUAACACAAACAGAUGGCUACUUUUACGGCUCUUUUGCAGAGGAACUUGGACCUGCCAGUAUUAUGCUAAAGAAGUAGCAUAAUAAAAUUAAUCAAUGAACAUAGUAAGUAUAGCCUAGGGCUGAUAAAAAAAAAAAAUCAAUUAAAA